GUUGGUAUAUUUCGUGCUGGUCAUUUGGAAUGACCGACCUGAACAAUCUGCGGUCACGUGUGGCGGCAUCGGCACAUUCGCUGCCUGCGCAGAUGUUCCACAUUGCCGGGCAUCUGCAUCGUCACGGAGUAAUCUCUGGAAUCGGGAAGGCCUUGCUCAAAGAGGUUGUGUUUCAACAAGAUGUGCGAGGACCGAAGUUGGUUGACACGCUCUUCUCAAGCUCGGACGAGCAUUGGCUCAAGUUUGUCCAUCGAUUGCUAGAUGUCGAGACACUCAAGCUGUUCGACUCCCUCUACUUGGACUAUCCUUUGGAGCAAGGCAAGGCAAUAUCUCGGCAAGAACGCGAAGACAAUGGCAUGCUCACACAGAAGUCGCUUGUCUACGGCGAAGUGGACUAUCUGGCCUUCCUCGCCACCCUGCGAAAGAUCCCCAUCGAGCCGCACUGGACAUUUACGGACUUAGGCAGCGGCACCGGUCGCGCCGUGUUUAUCGCUCGCCUCAACUUCGACUUCUCACGAUGUACCGGCAUCGAGAUCCUGCGCGGCCUACAUGACGCUGCUGCCGACGUCUGCUCCAAUUACAACGAGUUCGUCCGUCCGGUUGUGAGCACCACUUCGACGCCACUGGAAGCCUCCUUCUUUCACUGCUCCCUGCUCGACCUGGACUGGUCCCACACGGACGUAUGCUUCGCCAACUCGACGUGCUUCGACUCGGCCCUGAUCGCGGCCAUGGCCGAAAAGGCAUCAGCAAUGCGGCCCGGCAGUUACUUCAUCACGUUUACAAAACCUCUGCCGGCCGAUAUUGCGCCCUUUGACAUUGUCGACAAGGAACGCCGGAACAUGAGCUGGGGUCCGGCGACCGUAUACAUCCAUCAGCGGCGUUGAGAGAAACCCCGUGAGUCAUUUCAUUCUGCAGUUUUAAAAAGCAUCGCAAGACGCUUUGUACUUUGCGCGCCCCUACGCACGCACGAGCU